AUGGCGAAAGUCCUGACUGCAGGCGAGGCAGUCGCCCGCAUCGCCUACCUCUCCUCCGACGCCAUUGUAUCCGUCCAGCCCUCCCUCGCCCAACCCUCCGAAUUCUCCAAAUUCCUCAAGCAGUAUGCGGGCAACAAAGCCUCCAGCAUAAUCUGCCCGACUGUGCCCGACGUCUUUCCAGUCCGCCACGAUAAUGACCCGUUACUCGACGUAUACUCGAGAGUGCGAAGUGGGAACAUUACAACCGUUACCACAAGCAGCGAUGUGCUGCUCAGAAGUAUCCCGCACCUGUACCGCUUGGCCCAGUAUCCCGUAGUCAUCCACGUCAGUCUCCACCCGAGUGGAUAUCCAGACUAUGGCGAUAUCACGAGCAUCCGAAAUACUGGCUUCUCGUUCCUUCAGAGUACUACUCUGCAGGAGGCCCAGGAUCUCGCAAUUACAGCACAUGCCCUGGCCAUCAGGUCGGGCAAGGGAGUGGUACAUUUCUUUGAUGUCGCAAACACCACGCAGGACCAGCCCAUCGCCGGCGAAAGCCGCGAGCUGGUGGCCGAAGUUUUGAAUGUGGGUGCUGCAAAGCAAAUCCGGGCGACGAAGAGCGAGGAGACUGGUAUCUAUGUCAACGAGCAUCUUGCACCCAAGGUCAGCGGUCUUGAGUUGCGUGGGAAGGCAGCAUCAGCCACAAAAGACGCUGUUACAAACGCUGAGUCCGGAGCCCAGGAUGCUUCUUCGCCAUCCUCUUCUUCGUCAGAGCGGAAGAAUAGCAGUUCCGGCGCGUCUGAGGCAGAAUCAGCCACUACUGUUGAUACGCAGCCGAAGCCGGUGAGAUCGGAGGAAAUUGAUACAAUCUGUGCCAGCAUCUGGGAACAAAUAGAGGCCAGAACUGGACGAAAGUACAGCGCUUUCAAUUACACUGGACCACCAAACGCCGAGAAUGUGCUCUUCCUGUUUGGAAGUGACCCAGGACUUUUCAGCGCCGAGUUUGACGCGGCUUCCAAGGCCGACUUCUUCGCUGGAGUAGGCUUAAUCACACCUGUUCUGUACAGACCUUGGCUUUCAGAGCGACUCGCGAGCAGUCUGCCAAAGUCCGUCAAGAGAAUAGCGGUUCUCGAGCAGAUCAAGAGGAAGACCACAAAAUGGGGCCCGAUCCUGUUGGAUCUGCUGAUGUCCCUCAAAGCAGGCGCUUCAGGUGCAUCGCCACUCAUUGUUGGUUAUCAGCUGGGAUACAUUGAGUACACGACAGUCACACAGGCUCUGAGCGGCAUCUUCCAGAACCUCAUCUCCAAGAGCCCCAUUCAGAAUCUUGGAAUCGGUGCCCACGACGGUCCAGCCAAGCCGGAACUGCAGGUGAAGCAGCCUGCAUUGGAGAAUGCAUACAUGAAGAUCUUGGAUCAGCUCUUUGGGCAACGACUGUACAUUGCGAAUGCUCUCAAGUCGAGCAACGCUGGCAUUAACGAUACGAUCAAAGCCAGUCCAGAGUUUGGCUUCGGUUCACUUCUGGCCAGGAAAGAGCACAGGAAGCGAUUUGUCUCUGAAGUUCAGGCAGCGGCCAAGAGCAGAGACUUUGCGACAGACGCCCCUCUCAAGUGGCUGUCUCAGUGGGCUUUGGAGGCAGAGAAUGCCGACAAGGCCAACAAGCUUGCUCCAGAGGUCCUGUCCCGUCUGCAGCAUGACGGCUCGCCAGCUGCUGCCAAGCUGCUCCGCUCAAAGGGACUUUUCUUCCAGGAAUCUCAAUGGCUUGUUGGCAGCGAUGCUUGGGCAUACGACCUAGGCAACAGCGGUGUUCACCACGUCCUUGCAAGCGGCGAGAACAUCAACAUGCUGAUCAUCGACUCGACACCAUACAGCGAGCGUGCAGCUGCCGAUGCCGCACGGAGAAAGAAGGAUAUCGGACUAUACGCCAUGAACUUCGGCAAUGCAUACGUGGCCAGCACAGCUGUCUACAGCAGCUACACUCAAGUGCUGCAGGCGAUGAUGGAGGCCGAGUCUUUCAAUGGUCCCUCCGUCCUUCUUGCCUACCUGCCUUACAACCACGAAAACGACAAUCCAAUUACCGUGCUCCAAGAGACCAAAAAGGCUGUCGACCUCGGUUACUGGCCACUGUAUAGAUGGGAUCCCAAGGCUGAGGAUCGCGGUGAGGAGACAUUCAAGCUGGACUCCGAACGCAUCAAGGAGGAGCUCAAGGAGUUCUUGAGGAGAGACAACUACCUGACGCAGCUCAUGAGGCGCCACCCACAGUUCCACGCAAACCUGUCGGAGUCGUAUGGCUCGGAAGUCCGCAAGGUGCAGAAGCGCAAGGCCAAGGAUGCAUAUGAGGCUCUACUUGAGGGUCUUCAAGGAGCUCCCAUGACAGUCCUGUUCGCCUCCGACAAUGGUAAUGCCGAGAGUCUCGCCAAGAGACUGGCAAACCGCGGCAAGGCUCGUGGCCUGAAGACUAUGGUGAUGGCCAUGGACGACUACCCGCUCGAGGAUCUGGGAAAUGAGGAAAAUGUCGUCCUCAUCUCGUCAACUGCCGGUCAAGGAGAGUUUCCACAGAAUGGCCGCAAUUUCUGGGAAGGUGUCAAGAACUCGACCGACCUGGAUCUUGCAGGUGUCAAGUAUGCAGUCUUCGCGCUCGGCGACUCGCACUACUGGCCACGCAAGGAGGACAAGCACUACUACAACAAGCCUGGCAAGGACCUUCACGCACGUCUCGCUGCACUGGGCGCCGAGCAGCUGGUUGACUGCGGUCUUGGUGAUGAUCAAGAUCCUGAUGCAUACCAAACUGGCUACCAGGAGUGGGAGCCCAAGCUCUGGGAUGCCCUCGGCGUGGGCAAUGUCCAAGGCCUUCCAGAGGAGCCACCGCCAAUGACCAACGAAGAUAUCAAGAUCCAGUCCAACUACCUUCGCGGAACCAUUGUGGAAGGUCUUGAGGAUCAGUCGACCGGUGCGAUCAGUGCCGCCGAUCAGCAGCUCACCAAAUUCCACGGUACAUACAUGCAAGAUGACCGUGACCUGCGUGAUGAGCGCAAGGCACAGGGUCUUGAGCCUGCCUACAGCUUCAUGAUUCGAUGCAGGCUCCCCGGUGGUGUCGCGGCCCCAAAGCAAUGGGUGCAGAUGGACGACAUUGCCUCAAGCUUGGGCAACGAGACAAUGAAGCUGACCACUCGACAGACGUUCCAGUUCCACGGUGUCGUGAAGGCGAAGCUGAAGCCUGCUAUGCAGGCCAUCAACCGGUCCCUUAUGACAACCAUCGCAGCUUGCGGCGAUGUCAACCGAAACGUCAUGUGCUCGUCGCUGCCUACCAUGAGCAACCUGCACAAGGAGGCACAUGCUGUCGCCCAGCGCAUUUCAGACCACCUCCUCCCAAGCACCACCGCGUACCACGAAAUCUGGCUCAAGGGUAUGGAUGGCGAGAAGGAUACCCAGGUUGGCGGUGGCGCUGUCCAGGACUUCGAGCCUCUCUACGGACCAACUUACCUGCCACGAAAGUUCAAGAUCACCAUUGCCGUUCCUCCGCACAACGAUACUGAUGUUUACGCCCACGAUAUCGGUCUAAUCGCGAUUCGCGACUCCAAUGGCGGCUUGAAGGGCUUCAAUAUUCUCGCUGGUGGUGGUAUGGGUGCUACUCACAACAUGAAGAAGACCUACCCCCAGAUUGGCCGCAUGUUCGGAUAUGUGGACAAGGAUGAAGCACACAUCGUCUGCGAGAAGAUCAUGCUGGUUCAGCGCGACAACGGCGACCGCAAGAACCGCAAGCACGCUCGUCUGAAGUAUACCAUCGACGAUAUGAGUGUCGAGGUCUUCCGCGCCGAAGUUGAGAAGCUGUGGGGAAAGACCUUCCAGGAACCACAACCCUUCAAGUUUGAGUCGAAUGUUGACAGCUUCGGCUGGCUGAAGGACGAGAAUGGACUGAACCACUUCACCAUGUUCAUCGAGAACGGUCGUAUCGAGGACACUGCCGACUUUAAGAUGAAGACUGGGCUUCGCGAGAUCGCCCAGCACCACAAGGGUGAGUUCCGACUUACUGGUAACCAGCACUUGAUCCUCUCCAACGUCACGGAUGAAGAUUUGCCAAAGAUGAAGGAGUUGCUUGCCAAGUACAAGCUCGACAACACCAACUUCUCCGGUCUCCGACUCUCCUCGUCGGCUUGUGUUGCAUUCCCAACCUGUGGUCUCGCCAUGGCUGAGUCGGAGCGCUACCUUCCAGAGCUCAUUACCAAGCUCGAAGGAACUCUCGAGGAGAACGGCCUUGCUCAGAGCAGUAUUGUCAUGCGUAUGACCGGUUGUCCCAAUGGCUGUGCACGACCGUGGUUGGCCGAGGUCGCUUUUGUCGGCAAAGCUUUUGGUGCUUACAACAUGUACCUCGGAGGUGGAUACCAUGGCAACCGCCUCAACAAGCUGUACCGAAGUAGCAUCAAGGAGGACGAGAUUUUGGCUAUCAUGAAGCCUUUGCUCAAGAGAUACUCGCUUGAACGCAAGGAUGGCGAGCGUUUUGGUGACUUUGUGAUUCGCGCUGGUGUUAUUGUUGAGACUAAGGAGGGUCGCGAUUUCCAUGAUAAUACUGCCGAAGUCGAAGAGGACGACGAGUAAUAACUUCUGAAUUCGUCAUUUCAGCAUCGCUGGGUUGAGGGUGCAUAGCAUAGCAUAGCAUAGCGUUGGCGUUGGGGUGCGUGCAUAUCUGGAUUGCCGCUGCAGUCUGGUUCCAUUUAUUCCUACCGAAAAGCAUUGAGAACUUGUACAUAUGGUUGCGAUGUAACAUGAAUAGUCUCAAAUUGAAGCUAAGCCUC